AUGCUCAUUUCCAGACCCCUCCUUAUAUCGCUAGGCAUUGCCAGAGUAUAUGCAGCCACAGCAACAACAUCAGCACAAACGUCAUCAAUAACUGGCUGCCAUAGUCAUGGCUCAAGCAUUUACUGUAUCGAUGGAGAAGGCCACGAAGUUUUAGUUUCGGCCACAUCUACCCCUACAACCGGAGUACCAGCACAAUACACUGGGUGUCACUCUCAUGGAAGCGAGUCAUAUUGCGUGGAUGGAGAUGGAAACGAUGUCCUGAUCCAAGAAGAAGAAACGGAAGCCGAGGAGACCGAACACAGUCACAGUGAAGAUAGCACCACCGAGGAAUCCUCAAGCGAAGCCAAACAAAGCUGCCACUUCCAUGCUGGUGUCGAACACUGCGUGAGUGAAGGUGAAUCAGAGACAAGUGCUUCAUCGUGUGGUAUCCAAGCAAGAGACUACAACGUGCCUCUGAGAAUUGGCACACUGUUUGUUGUCCUUGUCACCAGUGGAAUUGGUGUUUUUGCCCCUAUUCUCCUGAUGAAACUUCCAUAUGCCUCUAUCAAUGGGGUUGUCUCGACCGUCAUCAAACAAUUCGGAACUGGCAUCAUCCUCGCCACAGCUUUCAUCCAUCUAUACACCCAUGCAAACCUUAUGUUCACGAACGAGUGUUUGGGAGAACUCGAAUACGAAGCGACUACCUCCGCGGUAGUCAUGGCGGGUAUAUUCAUUGCUUUCUUGUUGGAAUACGUUGGCCAUAGGAUUAUCGUCGCUCGCCGCAGCAAGAAGAGCUCCGCCGAAACCAUACCGUCUGAGUCUCAGCAAACGCAUCAGAAGGAAGAGCAUGACCACUCUCAGGACCAACAGCAACAGCCCACGUUGGCUUGUCUUGGGCACAAUCACGGCUCAUUCGAUCAUACUGGGCCCGACAGCAAAUUUUCGGUCAUUGUCAUGGAAGCGGGUAUACUCUUCCACAGUAUCUUGAUUGGGCUCACCCUUGUCGUUGCCGGGGACUCAUUUUACAAGACGCUUCUGGUGGUGAUUGUGUUUCAUCAAUUCUUCGAAGGAUUGGCACUCGGCGCUCGUAUUGCAAUCCUUCCGGGAGCCAUAUUUCCUUCUAAGGCGAUUAUGGCCGGGGCAUUUGCCUUGAUCACACCUAUUGGCAUGGCUAUUGGGCUUGGUGUUCUUCACACUUUUAAUGGUAAUUCGAGGAACACUUUGAUUGCACUAGGAACACUGGACGCGCUGUCUGCUGGUAUCCUGGUGUGGGUUGGUAUCGUCGAUAUGUGGGCGCGUGACUGGGUCAUCGAGGGAGGUGAAAUGUUGCAUGCAAAGUUGGGAAAAGUUUUGACUGGUGGUAUUUCCUUGGUCAGUGGGCUGGUGUUGAUGGGACUGCUAGGAAAAUGGGCCUGA